AUACGAGUACCCACGAUAUCUAUAACUGAUUCAUAAUUUUACUUACCGUAAAAUAAACGUAAAUUCUCAUAUAUUUUUGCAAUAAACAUUUACUCCCAAAUAUACACGAAAUUCAAAUUAAAUAAUGUGCACAUUUAAAAAUUAAAAGUGGUCUACGAGAGUAGUGCUACGGGCUUCGUAGCGCACCGGUCUGUGAAAAAGCAUUGGAGAGAGGAGCGCACGCGUCGGUGGGACGAGCCUGCCUCUGCGCCACCCCGCGCGUAUUUAUUCGCAAGGCCACGCCAGCGGCGCGCCAGUGCGCAGACGUCGGUCGCACGCGAUAUACAAUCAUUGAGUUCUCGGCAUCGCAAUAUCGCGAUUUACGGUCCGCGCACGAAUGUUACGUAUCGUUUACAACUAAAUAGUAAAACAACUGUUAUUUUAUUUAUUUUAAAGAACAAUAAACAUUAAUAAAAAUGAUAACAAUGCUAACAAACUCUAUUGUGGGGAAGCUGUUGUGGGGUCUAUGGCAAGUGAUGAACUAUUGUGUGUCGCGUAUCUCGCUGCCGCUGCUGCUGGUGGCGGGCGCGGCGCUGCUGGUGCUGCGGCUGGUGGCGCUGGUGCAGGAGAUGCGCAAGCUGCCGCCCGGGCCCUGGGGUCCUCCCGUCGUCGGCUACCUGCCCUUCCUCGGAGUCCGUCACAAGACGUUCCUCGAGCUCGCUCGCAACUACGGCGCUCUUUUCUCGGCAAGACUCGGCAACCAGCUCACGAUCGUCCUAAGCGACUACAAACUGAUCAGAGAAGCUUUUCGGCGAGAAGAGUUCACCGGCCGCCCCAGCACCCCGCUGAUGCACACUCUGGACGGUCUCGGUAUCAUCAAUAGCGAGGGACGCCUCUGGAAGAGCCAGCGCAGAUUCCUACACGACAAACUUCGUGAAUUCGGCAUGACUUACAUGGGAAACGGCAAGAAAAUUAUGGAAGGAAGAAUUAAGAGUGAAGUUUACGAGCUGAUCUCAAACCUGCACCGCGCGGAGGGCGCCCCCAUCGACGCGAACCCCCUACUCGCCUUGGGCGUGUCUAACGUCAUCUGCGGCAUUACGAUGUCCGUGCGCUUCAGUCAAGGCGAUAUUCGCUUUGAACGGCUUAACCACCUUAUCGAAGAAGGAAUGAGGCUGUUUGGCGAAGUACACUACGGCGAAUAUGUUCCUCUUUACAACUAUCUUCCUGGCAAGGCUCAAGCUCAAGAAAGGGUAGCGAAAAACCGUGAAGAGAUGUUCGCUUUCUACCAAACAUUAAUUGACGAACAUCGUGAAACUCUCGACGCUGAUAACGCUAGAGAUCUGAUCGACGUUUAUCUGAUCGAGAUCGAGAAGGCCAAGAAUGAGGGCCGAGCCGGCGAACUGUUCGAGGGCAGAGAUCAUGAACUGCAACUGAAACAAAUUCUUGGAGACCUAUUUUCGGCCGGUAUGGAAACUAUUAAAUCAUCACUGCUGUGGAUGCUGGUAUUUAUGCUGAGAAACCCUGAAGUGAAAAGACGAGUACAGGAAGAGCUCGAUGCUGUUGUUAGUAGGGAACGAUUACCAACAAUCGAAGACAUGCCAAACCUCCCCUACACUGAAACUACAAUCUUGGAAACUCUUCGCAUGUCGAACAUUGUCCCUCUUGCAACGACACACUCUCCCACUAGGGAUGUCCACCUCAACGGAUACAGAAUUCCCGCCGGAUCACAAGUCGUGCCACUCAUUAACUGCGUACACAUGGACCCCAAUUUAUGGGACGAGCCCAACAAGUUCAACCCCAGCCGGUUCAUCGAUGCCGACACCGGAAAGAUCAGGCGUCCCGAGUUCUUCAUGCCAUUCGGUGUUGGUCGUCGCAUGUGCCUAGGAGACGUGCUGGCGCGCAUGGAGAUGUUCAUGUUCUUUGCCUGCAUGAUGCAUCAGUUCGACGUACAGAUGGCGGUCGGAGACGCCGCCCCGUCCCUCGAGGGCACGGUGGGCGCCACCAUCGCUCCUCAAGCAUUCCGCGUUAAGUUCAUCCCGCGCUCGGUGCCCGAGGCGGUGGCUUCGCCCGUGCCCGAGCACCCGCACCUGCGCCACGUCGGCGCGCACUAGAGCAGGCGCACCGGUCGCACCGGUUGCACCGGCCGCACCGAACACCCACCCACCAGUAUUCAAUGAUCACUCGUUUUAGAGCGCAUCGACAACCAUUUAUUUAAGUCUUUAUUAUAUAAGUGACGACAUCGUCGCCGCGAUGCUCGAGGCUGUGCUUAAAGUGUUCAAUUAAAUAGUAAACCGAACGUUAGAUAUAUUGAUAUUCCCAUCGUUGAGAUUAUAAAAUGACGUUUGUGUGAGUUUGCAGUAUUAGCUCGUUGGUAGACUAGAAUGUUAGAAACUUCAGCAAAUCACACCAUUUCACAUUUGUAUUUAAGAAUUAUGUUCUAAGUUCUAGUACCUAUACCAAAAUAAUGUAGAAUUCUAGGUCAUUAUUUAUUAGUGUCAAUUGCGAGAAUGUGGUUUGUUGUGUGUGAUCUCAUGUUUGUUGCAUUGCAGUAUGUUUUAGAUGUAAGUUUGUAAGUGUUCAUAUAUCUAGAGUAUCAUGUGCCUAUCAGGUAUGCAGUACAUUCCAUGGUAGUGUAACAACCAGCAGCUAGUCUAGAGCGGUAUCGUCGCUACAUAGAGUAACGCCUAACUUUAAUGUUCGUCUAUUGUACUAAAUUCAAUAUGUUUGCAACCAAGUUGCCCUGUACUGAACUUCAGUUGAAUAAGUCUGUUAAAUUGCAGCUCACCGUUGUCUGUUGAAUUAUGGUUAUAUGCUUUGUAUAUAUGCUCUUAUUUUAAGAUAAAAUGUACUUUAUAAGUAAUAAAAUUAUUGUGAAAACAUUGAUUAAAAUA